AUGGCUAGCGGAGUAGCCACAGUUAAGGAGGUUAUUUCUGGCGACACUCUGGUGUUGGUCGGCGCUCCGAAGGGAGGACCUCCGCCGGAGAAACGUGUGGGCCUCUCUUCUGUGAUUGCGCCACGCGUGGCUUUGAAAUCUCUGACGCACGAAAGCUCCGACGAGCCCUACGGGUGGCCUGCUCGGGAGUUCAUGCGCAGCCGCCUCGUUGGACAGCAGGUCCAGUUUAAGGUGGAAUACGCCUUCAAUGGAAAGGAAUAUGCAUGCGUUAUGCUCAAAGGCGAAAACGUCGCCUGUGAGCUCCUCAGACGGGGUCUCGCCAAACUCCGGGAUAGCAGGAAUCCGCCGAAUGCGCAUGACCUCGAGGAGCUGGAGCGGUGCGAGGCAGAGGCGAAAUCAAAGCAGCUCGGUCUCUUCUCUGCAGAUCCAGGGUCGUCUACGGUUCGCCAAAUCACCUGGGCAGUGGGGGAUGCCUCAUUUGUGUCAGCCUUCGCCGAGAAGCAUCGCGGAGAGCAGCUACCAGCCAUAGUCGAGUAUAUCAGAGACGGAGGCAACAUGCGGGUAGCCAUCCGCCUCUCGCCAGAGGGCGCCUCUCCCGCUUCUUACGCAUAUUGUGCUGUCUCCCUCUCGGGGUUGCAGUGCCCUGGCACCAAGAGAGACGCGGAUGGAAAUACUAGUCCCGAGCCGUUUGCAGCAGAGGCGCGUUUCUUCGUGGAGAUCCGCCUACUGAACCGCGAUGUGAUGGUGCGCAUCGAGGGCAACGAUGACUUUGGGAAUAUUCUAGGAACCAUUAUUCACCCGAACGGGGAGAUCGGCCUCCUGCUCUUAUCUAACGGUUUUGCGAGAAUCAACAAUGCAACGGCGCAGCUCACCGAGGCUCCAGCCAAGCUCCGGCAGGCCAUGAAGGAUGCACAAACCAACAGACUCCGACGGUGGAAGGACAUAGCGACCCCCUCAAGCAGCGAUUCCAUGGAGAAAGUGUACGCUGCAACUGUAGAGGAAGUGGUGAGUGGCGAUUCAGUGGUUCUGCUGCUGCCCAGCGGGGAGUCUCGCCGCGUCUUCUUCGCCUCUCUUCGCUGCCUUCGACCUGGCAACGCGAAUAAGGCGCAAUCUCGAGAGGACGAGGCUAUAGCGCUGGAGGCCAAGGAACUUGUUCGGAAAAAGACCAUUGGGAAGACUGUAAAGGUCUUCUUGGAGUACGUGCGGGCUCCUCUUGCCAGUGCCGUCGGGGGAGCUUCUCCGCCGGCUAGCGACAGCAAGGGCAACAUGCAUUUCGUUUCUUUGUACAUUGGUUCUCCCAAGCUGUUGGGCAUCCCAGAAGACCUAGAGGUCGACGCAAAGAUAUCGCCUGAGCGGAGAGGACAGAAUGUGUCGGAAUUGCUGCUUCAAGCAGGCCUUGCCAGGACGGUUCCUCAUAGGGCUGAGGACGACCAGGCAGAGCGGUACGAUCAGUACCAGGCCUUGGAGAAGGAGGCGCAGGCGGCAAAGCGCGGCUGCUUUGCGCCUCCCACCGCAAUCAAAGUGGUCAGAAUCGUCGACCUGGUGGGCCCUGCGAACACGCAACGGGCUAUUGCGCAUCUGCAACAACUGCAGAGGCAUUCGCAGGUCGAUGCGAUCGUUGAAAGCGCAUUUAACGCCGCACGAUUCAAGCUUAGAAUCCCCUCGCAAAGCCUCUGCCUCUCCUUCGUCUUGUCGGGAAUUCGGUGCCCCCAGACGGCGCGUCCAGCGAUUGUGGGAGGCCCCAAAGAGCGCAAGGCGGAGCCUUUCGGGACAGAGGCUCUCCAGUUCACGCGAGAACGGGUGCUGCAGCGAGACAUCCAGGUGCAAGUGGAGCAGUGCGAUCGGGGCGGUAAUUUCAUAGGGUCUCUCUUCUAUGGCCCCAAAAGAACCAAUCUGGCUGCUGAGCUGCUGGAGGCCGGUCUAGCGCAAACAGUCGAGUUCUCGCUCGCGAGAGCUGCCUGCAAGGAUGUGCUGGAAGCCGCGGAGGCAAAGGCCAAGGCGGCGCGAAAGAAUCUUUGGGGCCUUCCUGGGGCGCUCGACGAGGAAGCGGAUCAAGAAGAACAAUUCAUGGAAAAAACUCUCAAGGGGGUUGUCGUCUCGCACGUCCAGAGCUGUAAUUGCUUCUAUAUUCAGGAUGAGGGCACUGAAGAACUCGGCACCAUCGCCUCCGAAAUCGAGCAGCUCGUUGGAAGCCCUCCAAGCGCAGACGCAACCUUCACCCCCGCAGGUCUCCCGAGAAAGGGCGAAGUCAUCCUAGGGCAGCAUGCGGAAGAUGGCAAUUGGUAUCGAGCUCGCGUGGAGAACCGCGAAGGUCAGCGUGUCUCAGUGCUCUACAUCGAUUAUGGGCAGAAGGAGUCUCUUCCAAUCGAGAGAAUGCGCCGCUGUCCAGCAGCCAUUGGUCCUGCAGCAAUCCCUCCUCAGGCCACGCUUUGCGUUCUCUCCGGGUUGCUGCCUCCUCCGGAUCUCGAGUUCGAGGCUGCGGAGGCUCUGCAGAGUUUGACAGCCGAAGGAACCUUCCACUGCCUUAUUGAGGGCCUUGAUAACGAGAAGAGACGUAGAUGCGUCCUGACUGCAGAGGCAGACUACGCAGAGAAACGUAGGACUUCGCACUUCUCACUGAGCAGCGAGUUGACAGGGUUGUCUAGGGGUCCUUCGGUGAACGAGAAGCUCCUGUCCAUGGGCUUGGCCUUAUUCGAUAGGAAAAGCAACUGCAAAUUUGCUUCCCGUUUCGCUGCCGAGGAGCAGAGCGCCCGCAAGGCACACCUGAAUGUUUGGAGAUACGGGGAUAUUGGUGCUGAGGAUGAUGAUGAGGACUACCCUACAUUGGCCACCAACAAGUGCGCUCCUCAUUUUGCAGUCAUAUAUACAUAG